GGGAGGCCUGAUCCCUCCCCUCUAGCCUGUCCAAGCCACAGGGGCUGGGCUGGCCGAGGGCUUUUAACCAGCUGGAGGAGCCUCCUGACCGGCUUUUGGCGGCGAAGGCCUCUGGGAAAGGAAAGAGAUGCAGCCUGGCUGUCCCACUCCACGGGGCCCUGGGAAUGGUCAGGACGGGGACUCGGCUCCCAGCCGGCAGGGCCAGGACCCAGGCCCCAGCCGGCCUGGGGAGCUGGCCAAGCCCCCCUACAGCUACAUCGCCCUCAUCACCAUGGCCAUCCAGAGCUCCCCGGGCCAGAGAGCCACCCUCAGUGCCAUCUACCACUACAUCAUGGGCCGCUUUGCCUUUUAUCGAGACAACCGUCCUGGCUGGCAGAACAGCAUCCGGCACAACUUGUCCCUCAAUGAGUGCUUUGUCAAGGUGCCCCGGGAUGACCGCAGACCUGGCAAGGGCAGCUACUGGACCCUGGACCCCGACAGCUACAACAUGUUUGAGAAUGGCAGCUUCCUGCGACGGAGGCGCCGCUUCACCCGCAAGAGGGGCUCCGAGCCUGAGACUCAGACCCAGAAGAAGACCAAGAGCAGGGCCCGGGCUGGGUCAGCUCGCGGGGGCUACCGGGCCUCUGGGGUGCCAGAGCCUCAGGGGGAUGCCCGAGAUCAGGAGGCUGGCCAGACCAACGCUGCCCCCGCACCCUGCCUAGGCCCUCCACUGGAGCUGCCUGAGUCCCAGGGCCUCUGCCACGCUCACCCGGCCCCAUCACCCAGCGAGAGCCUUUUUGGGGGACUUGCAGAUGCCCUCCCCGCCGCCCCAGCUGGUCUGUACCUUUCCACUUCCGAGCCACUGGCCCUGCCAGCAUCCCAGAUGCUGAUAGACCUGAAGGAGCCUCCUGAGCCGGCCAGGUCUCCGGGACAAAGGGCGGACCCUCGAGAGCUACCACUCUCCUCCUCCUCUUCCUCCUCCUCCUCCUCCUCUGCCUCUCCCUGCCCGGCAUUCAGCCUGCCCCCAGUUUUCCCUGCCCCUCAGGGCCCUCAGCCCUCCCCAGCCCGAUUCCCCGAGGCUGAGGCCUAUGGCAAGGCAGGGCUGCCCAUCUUUGGCAGCUUUGGUGGGGCUGAAGCUCUGGGUGGUAGCUACCAGUGCCGUGUGCAAGCCCUGAGCUUCCGCAUGGAUGAGCGGGGCUGUGGCCCGGCCCUGGAUCAUCUGCUUGCACCCACUCCAGCUUCCCCAGCCACCCCAACUCAGUCACCCCCCUUCCAGUCCCCACUGCCGCUCCGGGGGAACCAGAAGGAGCCCUGGACCGGGGGGCCUUUCCCCCUCCAGGGAGGAGGAAGCUACCAGCUAGGGCUGCCCCACUGCCUCUAUCGGACCCCGGGAAUGCUCUUCUUUGAAUGAAGAUUCCCUUCUGGUCCUCUUCUUCUUCCCUUGUCCCCAAACAGGCUCCCCACCAAUUCAUUCAAAGACAUGCUACCGCAUGGACUCAGCCUGAGGGCUGGAGCCAUUUGAUACUCUCUGGGAGAAGAUGCUCUACUCAGCACACCGGGCCUCUGAGGGAAAGGGUGCCGGGGAUGGCAGCGGGGAGGGCUCUCCCUUGGGUGAAGACGGGUUACAGAAAAGUCUGGGCCAGGGAGAAGGAUGGGUCCCAAAGCCGGAUGAAAAACUAAGGAUAAACCAGAGGCCAUUCGAACUGGAAGGAACUUCUAAGUUCAUCUAAUCCGACACUCUCAUUUUACAAAGAAGGAAACUGAGAGAUUCCCAAGAAGGAAAAUGACUUUUCUAAGUUAAUUCAGCUAGUGGUUAGGAGAGCCAGGCCCCCAAGCCACUGAACAGAGCUGAAGAAAAAACAGAAAGGAGAUCUUUGUCUUUCUUGAAUGAUACAGGGCUCUCUCUGCCUGAUCAUGAUUCCAGAGUUUGGUGUAAUGACCUCAUGCCCUGGCCCCUCCAUGGACAAAUUUGGGGAAUGUGGGGAAGGAGGUGUGAGGCUGGACCUAUGUCAGAUUUUACUCGACACUCUACUUAAUAAAGCAAGUGAGUCUUGAAAGACACCAUAAGCCUGGCCUGGUGGAUGGGGUCCAGGACUCCUGGGUUCUUCCAGGGCUGCCUCUGGGUAGCAGUCUCCCUGUGGAGAUAGGAAUGGGGAAAGGGUUGGGUUGAAUUUCUUGGUCCCAUAAGAAUUGCUCUGCAAGGGGACUUUUGGUGGGAGUUUCCUGACACUCAGGGAGGAGAUAGAGGAAGAUUGGAGUGGGAGUGGGAGGAGGAAACAAAACAGGAGGGGGAAAAGGGGAGAGUCCAGAGAGAAUGCAAUGAGGAAAAGGAGUCUGUCUAUUCCUUGUCCUUUCCAGAUGCUCUCCCUUCUUCCCCUGCAAUUCACAGGGACUCCAAAGUGACCAAGACUCCUAGGGGUUAGACAGUGAGGGAGAUGGACUCCUUAGAACCCCCACCAUCUGCUUCCUCAACUCCAAUCCAGGAAUUUGUCCCUUCAUCUUCUAGACUCAGUCUUUCCAUAAUCCUCAUAUCAGACACUCCCACCUCGUCCCCACUCCCAGUUGUUCUUGCUAUUUGGGAGGUCAGAUCAGAGCUGGUGAGACCCAGGGGAGAGGCACCCUUGCUAGAGAUGAGGAGGAAAGAGACUUGUAGCAUCAUAGUAGGCAAGUCUCAGAACUGGAAGCACCUGUAGAUAUUCUUUAACCUUGCUUUCUUAUUUUAUGUAAGAGGGAGCUGGGAAGUAAUUUGCCUCAAGUCAUAGAGUGAGCUUAAGGGAAACACCAAGAUUUGAACCCCAAUCUACCGGUUUUCAGGUCAUUAUUCUUUUCUACUAGAAUAGUGCUAUAUUCUGUCUUUGUUCCAUCCAGUACCUCCAACCACUGGGGAACAGGUUCCAAAGAGUCCAGCCCUUCCUGAAAUGUGGUUUUUCUGGACUCCUGCACUUUCCCACAUCCCUAGUCUGGGGAAGAGUGAACUUGAGGCCCUGAGAGUUUGGGGUCCGUUUCCUUCCCUUCCUUGGCCCCUUCCUCCUUUCUCAAGUCGUCUGGGUCUCCUUGUUGUGAUUAGGGCAGUCAGGAGGAUAGAGUAGGGAUCUUUCAGCCUGCCUCUAGGCUGGUGAAAUCUAAAAGAUUAGGAUCCUUUGGAGCCCUCCCCCCCCACCUCCACAACCCCCCAUUAACUCUUACGAAUCAAGGAGAGGGUGUUUUGUAGACCAAGGGAUAGUAGACAUUGAUGGUUAGAAUGUAGAUUUGGAAGCAGAAGGCACUUGUCCCAAGGAUAAUGAAUUCUCCUAAAAACCCUUCCUUUUUCUGAUCCCUGGAAUGAAAAAAGACCACAGGGCCGAAGGCCAGGAUUUCUGGGUUGUGUUUCCCCACACACACCCUAUCCUUCUGGGAUGGCCUUAGCAAGUGAAUUCCUUUUUCGGAGCUCUUAGUCUUCCCAUCUGGACCCUGGGAAGCUAGAUCCUCAGGGCUGCUGGAGGAAGGGAGAGGGAUGGUCAUCUCUCCCUAAUCUGGCCUAGAAUCAGACAAGGAGGGACUCGAUGUUGCUUCUGUGGUUUGGUCUCUGCCAAUGAUCCUGAAUGAUCUCUGUACAUAGGUUUUCUGUCAUUCUUUUAGACCAACAGACUGUCCGGUAAAGGCUGGUGACAGACUGAUACCUGGAUGAUGGAUUCUUGGGAUAAAUGCCCUGAGGCAGGGGCUGGGAGGGUCUGGGGCCUGGGUAGGGGAGUAUGAAGGAGGAUAAAGCAUCAGGUCCACUCCUGAGGCCACAGCCAGAGGGAGGGAGGGACACAUUGAGGAGGAUCCCUCAACAUCAGGGGGGCAGGGGAGAGAGCACCAGGCUACACUGACUUCAUGCUCCCUUUCUCAGCCUCCCUAAACCUUCAUUCUUCCUCUUGGGUUUUCUCUUUUCAUCUCCUCCUAUCCUCUCUCAGCCCCUCGCCUCCAGGAAGGCCCCAGGCGGACUGGCCCAGCUACAUAUGUCUGGGCUGGCUGAUCAACCUAACUGACCUCUGUCUCCUCCCUCCCUCCCUCCCUUUGCCUCGCAGACUCCCCCCCUCCCUUCCCGGGGCUCCCCAGGGGCCUGGGAGGAAACGAGCCCGGGGAGCAGUGCCCUGAGCUGUCUGGUUCCCACAGACUCGCCCCUGCUGUGGGCAGCCCCUCACGGGGGCCAGGCCGGGUCUCAAAGACCGGGAGCUAGGCUGGGAAAGCGUUCCCAAGGCCAGCUGCAUUCCCCCUGCAGACACACACACUCCCACACUCCCACACUUCCCUCCUCUCUC